GCCGGGCCGGGCCCAGGAGCGCGCAGGCUAUGCGGGCGUCCAGGCCGGGGUCGGCCGGCCCCUGAACACGGCGCCCAGUGCGGUGAGGAGCCCCGCCGCGGCCGCGCGCCCGAGGCGGCCGGCCCGCCAUGGCCGGGGUCAGCUACGCGGCGCCCUGGUGGGUGAACCUCCUGCACCGGCUGCCGCACUUGGACCUGCGCUGGGAGACCACCAGCAGCCAGUUCCGGCCCGAGGACACCGACUACCAGCAGGCACUGCUGCUUCUGGGAGCCGCUGCGCUGGCCUGCCUCGCCCUGGACCUCCUCUUUCUGCUCUUCUACUCCUUCUGGCUGUGCUGCCGCCCGCGUAAGAGCGACGAGCACCUGGACGCCGACUGCUGCUGCACCGCCUGGUGCGUCAUCAUCGCCACGCUGGUCUGCAGCGCCGGCAUCGCUGUGGGCUUCUACGGCAAUGGGGAGACUAGUGACGGCAUCCAUCGAGCCACCUACUCGCUCCGUCACGCCAACCGCACUGUGGCGGGGGUCCAGGACCGCGUGUGGGACACCACAGCCGCCCUGAACCGGACCGCAGAGCCCAGCCUGCAGAGCCUGGAGCGGCAGCUGGCUGCACGACCCGAGCCCCUGCGGGCAGUGCAGCGGCUGCAGGACCUGCUGGACACGCUGCUGGGCUACACAGUUUCCAUCCCGUUUUGGAGGAACCCGGUGGUGUCGCUGGAGGCACUGGCAGAGCAGGUGGAUCUCUACGACUGGUACAGGUGGCUGGGCUACCUGGGCGUGCUGCUGCUUGACGUCGCCAUCUGCUUGUUGGUUCUGGUUGGCCUCGUCCGCAGCUCCAAGGGCAUCCUAGUCGGGGUGUGCCUGCUGGGUGUCCUGGCCCUGGUCAUCAGCUGGGGUGCCCUGGGCUUGGAACUGGCCGCAUCUGUGGGCUCCAGUGACUUCUGUGUGGACCCCGACACCUAUGUGACGAGGAUGGUGGAGGAACACUCAGUGUUGAGUGGGGACAUCCUGCAGUACUACCUGGCCUGCUCGCCCCAUGCCUCCAACCCCUUCCAGCAGAAGCUGUCGGGGAGCCACAAGGCGCUGGUGGAGAUGCAGGACGUGGUGGCCGAGCUCCUGAAGACCGUCCCGCGGGAGAACCCAGCCACCAAGGACCCUCUGCUCCGUGUCCAGGAGGUGCUCAACAGUACAGAGGUGAACCUUCAGCACCUCACUGCCCUGGUGGACUGCCGCAGCCUGCAUCUGGAUUAUGUGCAGGCCCUCACAGGCUUCUGCUACGAUGGUGUCGAGGGCCUCGUCUACCUGGCCCUCUUCUCCUUCGUCACUGCCCUCAUGUUCAGCUCCAUCGUCUGCAGCGUCCCACACACCUGGCAGAAGAGAGCCCCCGAUGAGGACGGGGAGGAGGAGGCCGUGCCCGGGCCACGGCAGGCUCACGACAGCCUCUACCGCGUGCACAUGCCCAGUCUGUACAGCUGUGGCAGCAGCUAUGGCAGCGAGACCAGCAUCCCGGCCGCGGCGCACACUGUGAGCAACGCCCCGGUCACCGAGUACAUGAGCCAGAAUGCCAAUUUCCAGAACCCCCGCUGUGAGAAUACUCCUCUCAUCGGGCGCGAGUCCCCGCCGCCCUCACGAUAUCUAGCUGCCCUGGACUCUGGCAGCCACGCGGGCUGGCAGUUUAAGCCCAUGGACAGUGCCCGAACACGGUGGUGGCCGUGCCCUCAGAGUGACAGUACACGUCCAGCAUGAGAGCCAAAUACCUCGCCACGAGCCAGCCUCGCCCUGACUCCAGCGGCAGCGGCCACUAGAGUGCCCAGCCAGCCACCCACCCCACGUGCCAAUCUUCCUGCUCCUUCCCAUGCCAGCACUGCCGCUCACACCGUGGCCGCCCGCCAGACCCUCCGCACAUGUGCCAGGCCCCUUGCCCUUCCCUUCCCCUUUGUGCAGGAUCCUGGAGGUUCCCAGCAGGGGCCCCAGGCUGGUGGAGACGUGUGAGCUCUGGGCCCAUACCCUCUCCUUGGGUCAGACACCUGGACUGUGGGAGCACUGCCCCCUACACCAAGGCCCUCCCGGCCCCAACCCCCCACGCCCCUCUGCUCUCUGAGGAUUCGGGAUGGUGCUGUCCCUGACGCUGCCUCGGGCACACUGACCUCCGGACCUGCAGUCUCCUCGGCUUACACCACCCGCUCCUUCCCUCUGCAGCCCUGAGGCUUCUGUGGUCACUUCUCAGUUCACAGGCUGUGCCGCGCUGUGUCCUGGAGGGCAUCGCAGGGCCCUCCCCCCGCACCUCCCUGCCGUAUCUGUGGCUCCUUCCUUCUCUCGCCCCACUGGACCCCAGGCCCCCUCAUGCCAGUUGCCAGAAGUCUCCUGGGGACGGCCCCACUUUCUCUGCCUCCUGUCCAGCAUCAUUCUCUCUCUCAGCACCUGUGGCACCCAGCCCUCCAUGGUGGCAAGAGAACAGCAGGUGUCAGGCCGAGCCCAGGCUGCUCACCCAGUGCUGGCUGCCUUCUUGGUGCCAAACCCCUCUCCCCUCACCCCAGACUUGGCAGCUUCUUCCGGCUCGUUCUUUGCACUAACCACACUUGUCAUCUCUAGGGCAGGUGGGCUCAGGGGCUGCUGACGGAGCACAGUCCUUCCCGAUCCCCUUUCCAUCCAGGACAGGCGCAGUGUCCCGGAGCCCUGCCUGGGGGGCUGGACCUGAGCUGGCUGUGAAUGAGCCCUUGGCCCCUGCUGCCCCCUUGGGACUAACCACUAACCUCACCCCAGCCUCCAUGGUGCCCCGGCUGAGCCAGUGAGUGUGACCCUGAAUCCAGGACAGCCGGCUGGGAGUCAGGCUGGAGUAGCCAUUUGUUCUCGGGGUGCUGCUUGUGGAGACGUAGCCCGACAGGCAGCCCGAGGGCCCGAGAGCCCUUCCCGGGCAGGUGCUGCCCAGGAGGAACGAACGUCCCUUGGGCUGGGACCAAGGUCCCUGUGGCCUCGGUCUCCCUACCUGUGAAGUGGGAGCAAGGCUUACCUAAGGUGCUUUUGGCUUUAGUGUACAAUGUUUGCUGUUUCCUGCCAUGGUGCGGGGCCACCCCCAAACCAGGAUGGGAAGUCCCCUGUCAGCCGUAGCCCUGCCCGGCCAGCCUGACACAGAGGCUGGGUGCGAGUUCCAGACUGUGCCAGGCCGGGAGCAGCAGAGGGCCACCUGCAGCCACGUGAGGGUCAAGGCCAGGGUCCUGAAGUGGGCAGGCCGGCAGCUGGCCCUACAAUGUACAGACGUGGGCUCUGACUCCCAGAGUGGGCAGCGCCCCUUCUCUGGGGAGAGGCCUCCUUCCCUUCCUCCAUGACCCCCUUUCUUCCUGCUGGUGUCUGGGACCAAAAGGGCAGAUGUGUGUGUGUUUGGGGGAGCAGGCCACAUCUGCCCACGCCUGGGGCAUCCUCCACCCUGGGAGGGGAAAGGAGUGAGUGGGCAAACACAAUGCCCCAGGUGGUCCUGGGGCCCCCACCUCGCAUGUGGGGCCCUGUGGUGGCACUGUGCUCCAGGCCCCCACAAGGCGGGGCCACCACCCAGCUGCCCAGGCUUUGCCCUGGGCUGGCUCCACCCCUUGGUGCCAGCAUUCUGGCCUCUGCUGAGGAGGGUGGCCCCAGCAGUCCAGUGCCUGCUGUGCAUUCUGCCACUGCUCAGAAGCACAAUGGGCUGCCCGCAGCUGGCACGGCUGCCCAGUGUGCACGUGGGAAGCAUGAGAGGCGCUGUCCCCUUCCGUGGACCCGUGCUACUGGGUCCCACUGUGCACGCCCCCUCGUCAGCGACUGCACCCACGUUUAUUCCACUCACUGAAGUUGAAUAAAGGAAAAGGGGAAAAAUAAAAAAGGUUUCAAACCCAAGCCUCAGUCCAUGGAGGGGAAGGGAGUCCUGUGUUUUCUAAGUUUUUGAGGCCCCCUUCCUGGCCAUGUCCCAGCUCUGUGACCUCUCUACACCCGUUUCCUCACCUGCACCAAUGGGCCUUGCGCCCCUCAGGCCCUGUAACAUCUGAGGGGGAGGCCACCAAGCCCACAAGGUCCAGCCUCCCCAAGGCUGGGCGAGCAGGAGCCUGGGUCCAGCUGGGGACCCCUGGCAGACGGGCCCUGGCUGCUGCCGCAGGUUUGGGUAGUGGGAGGCCUGGUUGGAAGCCCCGGGCCCUUUUCCCAGCCAUGCCCAUCCCAUCUCACUAUGCAAUUGUCAUCAGAUCACCAUUCCCUUUGCUGCUCAACCCUGAGUGGGUGGGGGUGGCAGCUGGGGCCCCGGGCGGGGCGGGGGAGAAGAAUGGGGCGAUUUUUGUUCAAUCAGAAUGGUCGUGUGCUUGUUAAGGCUCCGACUCUCCCGUCUCCUGCCCCCCACCCCUGUGAUUUAACAUCCUGAACUGAAUGGGGACUAAAGCUUCAGCCCCUGGGCACUUGCCUCCGACCUCCAACCUCCCCAGGGCCGUGGCUGGAUGUGCUGUCGCUGUGUUUCAGUUUUGUUUUUUGUUUCUUUUCAAACUGGGUUUGGGGUUUGAUUUUUAUUUCUUUGGGGGCUUUAUUUUUCUUGGCAAAUACUAAAAAUUUCGUCAAUGUAAUUUCUGUGGUUUCUAUUCAGCUUGGGUUUCAUGUUUUAAAAUAAACAAAUUUUAAAAAACA